AUGGGCAAAAGGGCACCUGAAGAUGCUGUACUCGAGCCCAGAGCAUGGUCCCUCGUUGAACGGGACGACAUGCUGUUCGCAGCAGCUGAACAUCUCUAUCAAUCAGUUGGCGUCAUCCCUUCCCUUCGAAUGCCCUUUUGCUGUACACAAAAUCUUACAAUCAUCACUCGUCAAGAUGGAGCCCCAUGGCCGAUGACUGGCCUGGCUCAGGCUCGAAUUCCGCUCAAUGCUCCCCUCGGAUUUCUUUUGCUACAUCAACGACGUUUGCGAUCGAAGUACGUCACACUCUUGCCGUAUCCGAUAAAUGCUCUCAGACCUAACUCGUAUUAG